GUUUUGCCGGGUGUACUUUUUACCGGAACAUCGAGACGCGUUGGAGUUCAAGCAAUUAUUCAUUAAUAGAGAUAUCUCGCGGUCUCACGACGUCGCCGGUGUCUGACCGUCAAGCGAGCGGAAUGAUCACGCGGCCAAUAGAUUCGUUAUCUCGAUUGCAUGACAACUAUUCCUCGUGGUGGUGGUCGUGGUCGUGGUGGUAGUGGUGUCGAUACGUCGACCAACGGUCGUUGGUCGCAUUGGUGACGAAUUCGAUCUUUAUCGCUGAUCUCAGCUACCGGCAGGGAGAUAGCGAAGAGGCGUUCAACGUUGACCGGCGAUUGCGCGACUCUCUUUGGUGCGCGCCCGUAUCUAAGGGUAUCGACAGUCACCGUUUUCGUGACGAUACGACGCGUGCUACAAAGCGCGCCACACCACACCACACCACACCACACCACUGCAUUACUACUAUUACUCAUCGUCAUAGGCGCUGUCCGUAACGCGAACACGCGCGUUCCGCAUUCUGGUCCGUCCGGUGGCGUGUCUCAGACCGCGCGGUACAUGACGAGUUGACUCCAGGACACAGGCAAAUGAAUAUCCUGAGUAAUGUGUCUGCGGCCUUUUGGUCACCAGAUAUCUGGUUGCCGCCUAAUAUAACAUGGCAGGAUAUCAGUCCAACUGCAGACAAUAAAUAUGCUAAUUAUCAACACUUGAUAUAUCCCUUGCCUAUGGCAUUUAUUCUUCUAGGGAUAAGAUAUACUCUUGAAAGGUACUGGUUUGCUCCUUUUGGAAAAUCACUUAGUAUUAAAAAUACAAGGAGUAAAAAAGCAGUGCCCAAUGAAAUACUAGAAAAGGCAUAUCUUAGUAAGAAAACUAAGCAUAAGCAAAUACUGGGAUUGGCUAAACAAUUAGAUUGGACAGAAAGGCAAGUGGAAAGAUGGCUUCGAUUACGUCGUUCUCAGGACAAGCCAUCUACUCUUACAAAGUUUUGUGAAAAUAGUUGGAGAUGUUUGUAUUAUAUAUAUUCAUUUUUCUAUGGCCUUAUUGUCCUAUGGGAUAAGCCAUGGCUAUGGGAUAUAAAUCAUUGUUACUAUAAUUAUCCUUACCACCCUGUUACUAAUGAUAUAUGGUGGUAUUAUAUGGUAUCAAUGGCAUUUUAUUGGUCAUUAAGUUUCUCUCAAUUCUUUGACGUAAAGAGGAAAGAUUUCUGGCAAAUGUUUAUUCAUCACAUAGCUACUAUUGCACUCAUGUGUUUCUCAUGGGUUGGUAAUCUAAUGAGGAUUGGCACUCUGGUUUUACUGGUACACGAUUGUGCAGACAUAUUUUUGGAGGCAGCGAAAAUGGCAAAAUAUGCAAAUUAUCAGAAAUUAUGUGAUUUCAUAUUUGCUAUUUUUACAAUUCUGUGGAUUGUGACACGUAUGGGUAUAUAUCCAUUUUGGAUAAUUUAUAGCACAUCUAUAGAGGCGCCUAAAAUAGUGCCGAUGUUCCCUGCGUAUUAUAUUUUUAAUUUUCUAUUAAUUUUACUACUGUUUCUCCACGCGAUUUGGACUUAUUUAAUCCUUAAGAUCGCAUAUAACGCUUUCAAUGCUGGUCAGAUGGAAGGUGAUAUUCGCAGUAAUAGCAGCGACGAAGUAUCCGACACUUCGGUCAAUAAUACUCCUAUAAACAGUACCGCAAAUUACAUUAAUAAAUCGAAUUCAAGACCAAAAGUCCACUAACAAAAAGCAUGCUAGACGAGUUAUUAUACAGAGACCAUUUUAAGGCAGAAAAUUGGUCCAAAUAUUUUAGUGUCAGGUGCUAAUCUCUAUCUUCCUGCAAAUAUAAUACAAUUAUAAUAAAGCUUUCAAUACGUUUUAAUCUUGUAAUGCAAGAUGCUAACAUUUAACAUAUCUACUUUUAAUCUCACAAAAUUAAAACGUAUUAAAUCUACUUCCUUUUCGGUAAUAUUCUUUUAAAACAUUUCGAUGCUUUUUGUCACAAUUGUCUUGUCUGCAAUUCUGUCAUUUGUUGUGCAUUUUUGUUACAAGUAUUAUAUAUUACAUAGCGAAUACAACGAAAACUAGUAGAACAAUUCUUAUUAUCUGUAUCACUUAUUUAUACCUACUUUAAGUAUUAAUGUAAGUCUACAUUUCUUUAAAUGAUUUUUUAAUGCUUAGUUAAGCUAAGUAUGGACCAAAGCUGCAAGAUGUUCAAUGUUUGAACUUCGUCGACCGUUUAAAAUUCCUUAAUAUCAUGUACUUUGAAAAAUAUAUUUAUUUAUUUUCAUAUACUUUUAUGUGAUCGUGUCAGUUGGUAAUUGAAAGAAUGAUAAAUAAGAGAUACAAUAAUAAAUUUCUUCUAAUUAAUCGCACAAUCUCUUUUUCUUUUUCUUGCACUAACUCAUUCUAUCUAAAAAGGAUCUCUCUUAUGCGAAUAAAAUUGAGAACAAAGAUCAAUGAAAUAUAUUUGUGUGUUAGUGCGUAAUCCAAACUGCGAUGAAAUUAUUUAGUUUAAAAUAAGUAUGCGCUGCAACAACGUGUAUGUCGCGACACUUAUGCCUCUUAAAACGUAAGAUGCAAUUUCUAUAUUAAAAAUUAUGAUAUAUGAACGAAAUAAUGUAUAAAGCUUUUAGAUGUACAAUCGAAAAUUAAAAGUGAGCUAAUAAGAGCCUAAAAUACUGGUAUAUUUACGCUAAAUUGUAUUGCAAUAUUAAGACACUAAUAUACAAAAAUUAUAACUAA